CGAGAGCGAAAAGACUGGGCGUUUACUUAUCAGACUUGGGUCUGGUUUCCCAUUAUCCCCAUCUCUCAACUUCUCAAGCUUCAAAUAGAAGUCUAGAUAUCUCCGUUUUUUUAACGCAUUCAUUUCAAUUCCUCUUAUACUCAACCACAAUGGGAGAGGUUUUAAAUAUCAAGUUGGAGGAAGUUUCCCUUAACAAUGAACGAACCCCAUUUGGCAAAGAGAUGCUGAAACAUUUUCUCUUCGAUCCCGACUACAAAAAUCUCAAUCAGGGCUCCUUUGGUUCCUUCCCCCGUGUUGUCCGCGAGAAGCAGCAACAGUACCAGAGAGCUUGCGAACUCAGACCAGACCCAUUCAUCCGCUAUGAACAUCCAAAGCUUCUUGACGAGUCUCGAGCAGCAUUAGCAAAGGUUCUCAAUGCCCCACUCUCCACAGUGGUAUGUGUACCCAACGCUACAACGGGAGUUAAUACUAUCAUUCGAAAUAUCGUCUGGAAUGCGGAUAGAAAGGAUGAGGUUCUUUACUUCUCAACUGCUUAUUGCUCGUGUUCCAAUACCAUUGACUACAACUCUGAAGUCCACCCAAACCUGGUGGGAUCUCGAGAGAUCAGUCUCACUUAUCCAAUCGAAGACGAGGAUCUCUUAAAGAUGUUCAAAGACGCCAUCAAAGCUUCCAGAGCCAGUGGCAAGAGACCUCGCCUUGCAAUGUUCGACACCGUAUCAUCGCUUCCCGGGGUACGAAUGCCAUUUGAAAGCCUGACUGCCAUUUGCAAGCAAGAAGGCAUAUUCUCUCUUAUCGACGGAGCACACGGCAUUGGGCUUCUUCCUCUCGACUUAUCAGCCCUGGACCCAGAUUUCUUCACUUCUAAUACUCACAAAUGGUUCUUCGUGCCUCGAGGAUGUGCAGUUCUGUAUGUCCCGGAGAGAAAUCAGCAUCUGAUCCGAUCUUCUCUUCCCACCUCUGAUGGAUUUGUCUCGAAAACUGGAAUGGCAUCCAGAAAUCCUCUUCCUCCAAGUUCCAAGAGCGAAUUCGUGAACACUUUCGAGUUCGUUGGCACGCUCGAUAAUGCCAAUUACCUCGUGAUUCCUGAAGCUAUCGAGUUCCGGGAGAAGGUAUGUGGUGGUGAGAAAGCUAUCAUGGAAUACUGUGUCCACUUGGCCAAGGACGGUGGGAAAGCUGCUGCGAAGAUACUGGGAACCAGCAUCAUGGACAACAGCACAGAGACAUUGACAAAGGGCUGCGGCAUGGUGAACAUUCUCCUCCCGUUGGAGAUAAGUCCCACCAAGGUUCAUGGCAAAAAUUGCAUUGAUCCUAGAAAUCGGACGGUUGCUACGGAGUGGAUGCAGGAGACACUGAUUGCAGAUUUCAAGACCUUCAUUCCCAUCUACCUUUUUCAGGAGAAAUGGUGGGCUCGGUUGAGUGCUCAGAUAUAUCUGGAGCUCGUUGAUUUUGAGUGGGCCGGGAAGGCCCUAAAGGCAAUUUGUGAGAGAGCUGGGAAAGGAGAGUUUCUCAAGGCCGAGAAGAAAGUUAAAAAAAUGGGGGAGGUGGUGGGAGGUGGUGGGGAGCAUGGGCCACGAACUAGGCCAGAGCUCGAGUGUAAACUCUAACGAUAUUUGCAAAGUUUACAAAGAAGUCGGUUCAGUGAAAUUCUCCAAAAGCUCACAGAUACUCUUUUGUUAUUAUGCAGUCUGACCUGAUCUAUUUCUGCUUCUCUUGGUCAUGG